GCUGGGUGCUGGGGGUGGCUGUGAGGAAGGCUAGUCGCAACAAACAGCAGGAUCGUGUGUUUAACAAGUGAAGCCUGAUAAGCUCUCGAAUCUCUUUCAGAGAUGUACCGACCAACCCUGCUGGCGCUGGCCGUGCUGCUCUGCUCUUCACUUUUGGCAAAUGGAGGGAAAGUAUUGGUGUUCCCUUUAGAUGGAAGCCACUGGGUCAACAUGAAAAUCCUCAUUGAGGAGCUUCACUCCAGAGGCCAUGAAGUCACAGUGAUGCGUCCAUCUGACAGCUGGUACAUCAAGGCAGAGUCAAAUCACUACAAGUCCAUCACUAUAAAUUCCUCGAAUGGUUUUGAUGAGGAAAAUUUUGGCUCAUUUGUAACCAGAAUGUUGAACAUGCGGCGGGAAGGCACCUCAAUUUGGACUCGUAUGUCUCUGGAGUAUGAAAUUGUGACACAGUUCUAUGACAUGAAUAAGCAGGUGGUGGAGAUGAUGGUUGAUGUAUUUGAGAACAAGAAAUUGAUGCAGAGCCUCCAUGAUGCCAAAUAUGAUUUGGUUUUGACGGACCCUGCAAUAGGUGGAGGGGUGCUUCUUGCUCACGGUUUGGGUCUUCCACUUGUCUUGAAUGUGAGGUGGACUAUUCAGGGUGAGGCACAUCAUUCAAUUGCUCCUUCCCCAUUGUCGUAUGUCCCAAUCCCAUCAACAGAGCUGACUGACAAGAUGACGUUUUCCCAGCGUGUCAAGAACUUCCUUUUCUAUUUCUUCACACGUAUCCAAAUUAAGUAUGUCACAGACCCAAACUAUCAACCAUUUGUUGAUCGCUAUUUCGGCCCUGAUGUCCACUACAUGGAGCUGUUCCAAGCAGCAGACAUCUGGUUGAUGAGGAAUGAUUUUACUUUUGAGUUCCCACGACCCACAAUGCCAAACGUCGUCUACAUGUCAGGAUUUCAGUGCAAACCCUCCAAGCCCCUCUCUAAAGAACUAGAGGAUUUUGUCCAGAGCUCUGGUGAACAUGGCAUCAUUGUUAUGACAUUAGGCACCCUGGUGGCAAAACUUCCUGAAGACAUGACUGAGGACAUUGCUGCUGCCUUUGCCCAACUCCCUCAGAAGGUUAUCUGGAGGCAUAAAGGCAAAAGACCAUCAUCCCUUGGCAACAACACCUUGCUUGUGGACUGGCUGCCUCAAAACGACCUGCUGGGUCAUCCUAAGACCAGAGUGUUUGUAGCCCAUGGAGGCACCAAUGGUGUUCAGGAGGCCGUUUACCACGGUGUUCCCCUGGUCGGCCUUCCCCUCAUGUUCGACCAGCAUGACAACUUCUUCAGGAUGGAAGCAAGAGGUGUGGCCAAAGUGUUGGACAUUUCAACUCUUAACAAAGACAACUUCCUGCAGGCACUGAAGGAGGUGCUCUAUGAGCCGUCCUACAGGGACAAGAUGAAGGCGCUUUCAAACCUACAAAGAGAUCAGCCCAUGAAACCCAUGGAUCGUGCCAUGUUCUGGAUUGAGUUUGUCAUGAGACACAAAGGAGCUCCACAUCUAAGGACAGAGUCUUACAAGAUGUCCAAGAUCCAGUACCACUCAAUUGAUGUGGUGGCAUUUCUAUUGGCAGUUAUUCUGCUAGUUGUGACCGUUUUCAUUGCAUCAGUUAAGUUUUUGUGGCGAAGGGUGUUUUCUAGAAGCAAAGUCAAAAAGGAAUGAUGAAUGUGCUGCAACAUAGUUGUGUUAUUCUCCCUUUUGUCUAAAAGGUAAUUUCUAGUAAAGAAAUCAAUUCAAAUGUGUUCUGUUUUGUAGUCAGAGUCAUAUACAUUGUAAAAGCAGGCUUGUACUGUCAUCUGCAUACCUCAUAAUAUAUAUUAGCAUACACUGACAAAUCUCACAUCGUAUAGUGACCUCCAUCAGGGUGAUAUUUUACAUUUUGCCCUUUCUCUCUUUUUGUCAUUUAAUCGGGUCUCUUAUCUUUGGUGAAUGUUAGGACUUUAGUCAAGUGAUCAAUUCUAAGUUCAUAUCCAGGUUUGUUUUGAAGAGUUCUUAAUAAUGCAAGAUUUGUAUUGUUCUCAUAAACAACAACAUUUACUUAAAUAAACUGCAAUGCAUUUAAUUAAAAUGUUCAUAUGUCUAUCAGUUGGAAUGACUAAUAGUUCAUCAUUGUUUAUUGACUUUAAGUGAAAUAACAUUUGUAAUGAUAUGUUGUCAUAAUGUUAUCGUUCCACAAAUUUCUGUUAUCCAUUUGAGUUGGAAACAAAAGCUAGUUAGAAAAUUUCACUUUAAAAUAUGUUGAGAUCUCUCAUGUAAUGCAUAAUAGUCUGUUGCUUCGAACAGUUUAAAUAUUUUAUGUGACUUUGUGAACAUUUCAAGGAUUAAAGGAAUUCAUUAUAGUGUACAUUAAAAUAUCACAUGUGCAACUUCA